GCGCCAUGGCCCCGCGCGGGCGCUGCCGGUGGGCGCUGCUGCUGGCCUGGCUGCCGGCCGGCUGCCUCUCCCUCCUGGUGACAGUGCAGGAUGUUGAGCGUUACACCACCUUAUUUGCGACUGUCAUCCUCAAGUGUGACUAUAGCACCUCAGCACAGCUGCAGGACGUGGUGGUGACCUGGCGCUUCAAAUCCUUCUGCAAGGACCCCAUCUUUGACUACUACUCAGCCUCAUACCAGGCUGGUUUAGCCCUUGGCCAGGACCCCUCUAACGACUGCAAUGACAGCCAGCGGAAGGUGCGCAUUGUCAUCCAGAAAUUUGGGCAGAAGGACCCUGUGCUGGGCAUCGACUACCAGCAGCGAAAGAUCACCAUUCAGAACCGAGCAGAUCUUGUCAUCAGUGAGGUCAUGUGGUGGGACCACGGCAUGUACUACUGCGCUGUGGAAGCACCAGGAGAUACCUCAGGUGAUGCAGACAAAGAAGUUAAGCUGAUUGUUCUCCACUGGCUCACAGUACUCCUCAUCAUUCUCGGUGGCCUUCUCCUCCUUCUGCUGAUUGGGAUAUGCUGGUGCCAGUGCUGCCCCCAGUAUUGCUGCUGCCACAUCCAGUGUGGCUGCUGUCCAACACGGUGCUGCUGUAAUCAGAAAGUACUGGAACGGCACCAGUUCAUGAAGCGGGCUCAGGCACUUGCACCUUGGUUAUCACCCAACAUGUUCUACGGAGCUGGUGACAGGAACUCAAAACUUUCCUCUUACCAGCUGAACCCUCUGCUGCAACAAGAUGUAUCUCUACAGAACAGUCUUGCACUGGUGCAGCCACAAGCCCAGCUUUCCCAUAAGAGCGGUGUUCUGGACUAUCUGGAGUCUGAAAUCCAAAACCUGAAUGUGUCCCAGCCACGGGCGCCUCCCCACCAGCGGCAGGCUGUGCAGCCCAGCUUGCUGUCCUCGCUGGGCUCCAACAUCCUGCCACCUCCUCUUACCGACCACAUCUCCUCCAUCCAUGGCAGCAGCAGCUCCUCACGGCCACACAGAGCUGCCUGCACCCCCAGGCCCUGGGACUCCGCAGCAGAGGACAGAAGGGAAAACCGGAGGUGGCCCUUGCCUUCCAGUGGGGAUUCUCAUUCCAGCUACAGUCAGGAGCCUUGGGACAGACAGAGAGAGGAUCAUCCUCAGAGGCAGAGGACAGGUGGCUACAAUGGCAGGCCCCAGCACUCCAGACGGGAUGUGUCACCCCCACGCCAGGCUGAGAGGGGCAAGAGCAGCAGCAGUUUCUAUCCAGAGGAGACCAAGGAGCGCUCCAGCCACCAUCGUGGUGGGAGGCAGGAGCCCGGGGGAAGGCGAGAAUAUGAGCACCAUGCUGGGAGGAGCAAUUACUCUGGCCAGAGGCGACACAGCUACUCCCCCCCAUCUUCUCGCAGGGGCUCGUGGAGCUCCUCAGAGGAGCAGGUCCGUGUCCCGGUGUCAAACCGCAGGCGGAGGAACCGCAGGUCCCGGGAGUGGCCAGAAGAGAAACCCCCCAGUUACCGCUCCUUAGAAAUCAUCCCAGCUCAGGACAAGAAGCACAAAAGCAGUGCAGGGACCCGCUCGGACAGAGGAAGUUCCUACAGUGGAAGAAGCAUAGUCAUUUGAUGUCAAUACUGGAAGAACUAAGAUUCCCACUGGACUCCUCCUAGUUUUUCUGUUUAGGUUGGGAUGGCUGCUUUUGAUUGAACAGACAAACAGCAAUAAAACAGAUGAAGCAGCUUCCCCUUAGGCUUACAACUCUGAAGAAUAUUUGUCUAGUGCCAUGAAAGCCAUACAUAACCUAUUUUUAUUGCUGUGAUUUGGAAAUUUAGGUUGGGCUAAGUUCUAAUGGGCUGAGGUUUGUUGAAAACAUUUUAGUAGAAACAGCAGAUUUGUUCACUAAACAGUGUAUUCCCAAUCUUUAAAGAGAGAUACCAGUUCUCUCUGUUAAGUGUCGUGGCACUGCAGGGAGCCCAGCCUGUAGAAUGCUGGUGCUUUGCACACCAGUUACCGGAGGAAGGUUCCAAUGUUCACAGAGUUGUAAAAUCACAAGACAGUAGAAAAAUUUAUAUUGGAAGCGGCCUCUGGAGGUCAUCUGAUCCAGUGCCCUGGGAGCUUUGUGGAGGGAGGCACAACAUCUUUCUAAGGCCCUUUGUUUCUAAGGCCUCAGAAUGUGUAAUGUUUGUUGCUUCUGCCUGGCUGCUCAGCAUAGCUGGGACAGUUGUGUCCUUUUGUCCCCACUAAGCCUCUCUCCCAAACAGGAGGAUCACAGUGUUGGAAGAAUGUUGAGUGCCUUAAUGAUGUCUCACUGGCAUGUCUGCAAAUUGCCAGCUUAUCUGCUCUUUACUGACUGAAAGAACCUGUUCUUCUUUGAGCCUAGACCUUAGUGCCUUAAAAGAUACUUGUUCUAGCCUUUCAUCCAGAAUUGAAUUUAUUUGUAAACUUAAAUUUAUCAAGGUUUGUCCUUCCCUACAAGGACUGAGCAAAGUAUGACUACUCUUCUUUAUACCAUGGACCAGAAUUUCCUUCAGCUCAAGUAAGCAUGGUUUUGGUGAAUAUAUCUUGCCUAAGCCAUGUACUUUUUUCCAUAUAUUUUAUAUUCUCCCUUUCCUCUCCAUGCCAUGUAUCAUAUACAUGGGGUGGGAUAAAGGGCUCUAGGGAAGUCUUAUAGUCACCAUUUUUACUUGAUCUUUACCCUGACCAACCCUGCAUGUGUGGUGCAUCUGAUCUGGAGCUGGAUUGUAGGAUUUCCUCAGUUCCCACCCUGACACUACAAUACAGAAUUUCUCCAUGCUUUGAGACCAGUUGUGAAGGAGAACUUGUCAUUUCUGCUUGAUGAGAUUAAUCCACUGUUUUAAUUUAAAAUGUGCUGGAGAAAGAGGAGUUCUGUGGAUGCUGGCUGCUUCCACGGGAAGCUGUCUUGCCAGAGGCGCUUCUUGGAUUUAAGAGACUCUGGUUGGUGAGGAGCUUUUGGAGAAUCUUGUGAAUUUUUUUGUAACCCAGAGGCACUGGAGAUUGGCCAGUACCAAUGACUGUCUUGCCUAGCUUAUUUCCUAGCCUGUCCCACAUGGCUUGCUACUUGCUACUGUUACACUUGCUACUGUUUGGUUUUUAAUGUCCUAAUUACUGAUGUGCUUAUGCUUUUCCCUGGAAAACGUGGAGAGACUUUCACUUUCUCCACCUUUUUUUUUUUUUUUCUUUUCUUUUGACAAUGAUGGGAAACAUCACACUUUGAACAAGUGGUUCUAGCUUCCAGUGUAGUUGCUGGUCAAAUGAGGGCUAGUCAGAGUGCUCAUCUUCCUACAGUUUCUUGGCUGAACAUGCUUAUUUCUAAUUCCUGCCUAUGGAGAUAAAGUAGGAGGACCAAGGACCUUCUCUGGUUGACUUUGUUUCAGCACUGGAGGCCUACUUUUUGAAGACAGAGGGUCUCUUUCUUACUGUUGAUGGCUAUCACAAAAAUUAAAAAAAAAAAGAGCCAAAAGACUGACUCCAAUGUUUUAAUUCAAGAAAGGAGGGCUGUAAUUAGCAUUGUGCUUGUCUGCAUUAGGCCCAGACUGAACAGUGUGAAUUGACCCAUGAGUCACGUUUGAAAUACAGGGAAUUGUGUUUGCAGAACUUGCAAAGCUAGGAUCGCUCUUGUAUCUAUCAGCCACUGUCUGUGGAUCAUUUUUUUCUAAUUUUGUAACAUGCUUAAGAUUUUAUGAACCACCUUUUUGUAUGAUGGAUUAUUUUUAUUAGUUAAGAGGCAUUUAUGAUGACUGCAAUGACAGAAAAUUAUAUGGGGCUGCUUCUUCCAAAACUAGCAACCAGUUUACAUGUUAUUAGAUAUUUACCUUCUGCUGACUUUUAGCAGAUUUCCAGGGCCCUGCAGAUUCUACCCUUGGAAGCUGAAUUGGUAACUUGGAAUUUGACUCUUUCGUUGUGCCUCCAAUAGGUUCAUACAUUAUGCAAGACAACUUUUUCCUGUCCUAGCCCAAAUGUCCAGGCUUCAGGAAAGGGCUGCCUCUUUCUCCAUCAAAGAGUAGAGACUAUUUGAGACACACAGUGAGAUUCCAAGAUAGUUGCAUGGAAGGAGUUCACUUUCCUUCACAUUCAAAUGUGUACAAGCCAACACGUAUCCAGCAAGUUUUCCCAAGAGCAAGAAGCCACUCACUGCAAGAUGACUCUCUCUGUAACAGGAGUAGGUAUUGGAGCUGCUGGAGUAUGAGCACACCAACAGCAGAAGUGGUGCUUUUUUAUAUCCAUCCUGUGAAGGAGCCCUCCAUCUUUCUUUGGUCCUGUAGUCCCCAUAAUUGAGCUAGGGUGACUAAUUGUAGAUUUCUGAACACAAUUCACAAAUUGUGAAGUCUGAAGGGUUUUAUCUAUAUCAUAUUCGAUUUCCUCUUCAGUGACUUUGUUCAUGUUUAUAGAAACGUUAAACAAAACUCUUCAGGGAAAAUUGAUUGUAUCUCUGUGUUAAUUCUGUAACUUCUUAAAUUGUGACAGAAGCAGAUUGGGUGAUCCAGCGGGGAAGCAGAAAUUAUACCAGGCUUACUGGUCUGCGGACCAGUGUGGUUCAUAAAGCACCAGUUGGUGGGCUGUGAAAUAAUGACAGAGGAAAUCUAUCUUUUUGUGCUUUACAACUGCAAGCAGAAAGAAAAGUGGGAAGGAAAUGGGCUCUGCCUUAGAUGCUUAUUUCUGAUUUUAAUUGGCUAUAAAUGAAACCCAUUGUGGCAGCAUUGUACAAUACAACGUGGACCCUUUUCCUGUAAGAUCACAGGGUCUUUGACUUUUUAAGAGAGAGAGUGAACAGCUCCAAUACAGCACACUGAAAGAAAUAACAGUAGGAAAUAUCCUAGCCCCAUUCUUUUUACAUUGCAAUUUAUUCAUGCUUAAUUUUUUAGCCAUUCCAAAGAGCUGAUUUUCAUAUCUCAGCCCAUUUGUGAUGGAAAAAGUUGAAUAUUUCACAUAUGGAAGAUAUUGCUAUUCUAGAUUUUUGUUCUUCCGUUCAUGCCAGAAGAACAAGGAAAAUACCUUACCCCCAAAGAAUGAAUCUUUUGUCGCAGAUAAAGAGCUUUCAUAGCCACCAGUGUUACCCUGAUUUAAAAUAAUGUAAUGAGUAAGUGACCAUGCCAUGCAGGGCCAGAUAAGGUCACCCAUGCUACAGUCAGCUGCUUUCUACCUCAGACCAGAGAUGCAUAAGAGAGAUAAAGAAUCGUGUGAUUUUUUCUUUGAUUAAGAAAGUACUUGCAAUAUCUGGCUUUCUUGCUUAUUUGCAGAGCGCCCUGCCAUUCUGGAAUGCCAUUCCAGGAACGGGGAGCAAGGGCUGCUUCUGUGCAAUCAUUGAUCUGCGGUCUUGGCAAGUGCCUGUUUGGCACUAGAAAGUGCUGAAACACCCAGCUGCUAUCUCUGGGAUUGUAUUCAUGAUAGCACUGCCUAAAGUUAGACUGACUUCAGGACUGGGAACUUGCCUUGUGUAACACCUGCAAUGCAAAGCUCUAGCAGUAUGAAUUGCCACACAGGGCAGCUAAGUCCCUUCUGUUACUACCUCCUGCAGCACAUCAGUUUAAAACAUCAUCUUAGAGCCUCCCAUUUGUUGACCUGACAUAAGAAAGAAAUGACACUUGAAGUUAUCUUAAAUUAACCCCUCCAAGUAAUGACUGUUCAUUCCUGUUUCUGCUAAGUUUAAUGCCUAUGAUGUGCCUUGUGCUGGUCUUCUGAAUGUUAUUCCAGCUGUAAAAGAAGAUAAUACAUGUGUAGAUUGUCUUCAAUGACUGUCUAAUGUGUAAUUGAAAUAUAAGAGAACUUUUAA